UGAGUGAUUCUGGCCUGACUGUGAGGUUCUGAGGCGUCAUGGAGAAGCGCCAUUGCGAAGUGUAAGCCUGGCGGCGCACGACGGUCAAAGCGAACCACUUCACGCGCUUGUCUGUCUUGCUUCCUCCAGGUGCCAUAAGGAGCCUUUCCGCUACACGUGUCCGCGAUGCAGCAUCGUCUACUGCAGCCUCGCAUGCUACAAAGUACUUCGGCAAACACGCACAGCGCUCCUUCGGUGUGUGUCUGAUCACUGGUUGCGUUGAGUUGGUCGUUCAGGUGCACGGCUCCGAGUGCACGGAUAGGUUCUACCAGAGUCAGGUGGAGGAUCAGCUGAAGGGCCAGCGGGUGACGCCCGAGGAGCGCAGGCGGUUCGAGAAAGUGCUGUGGAAGCUGCACCGGCUCGACAUGGAGGAUGGGGAUCAAGAUGAGCACGCCGAGGGGGAGGGGGAGGAGGCAGCACCAGACGACGCCGAAGGGGAGGUGGAUAUCGCAGGGGGGGAGGAGGCCUUCAACGAAGCUGACGAGCGAUACGAGGAGCUCAGGGAGAAGGCUGAACGUACGCAAGCAGCACAAAGCAGACUGGACCGAUGGACGGAUGGACCUGCUUGAGGCGUCUGAUCUUUAUCUGUGGCCGCUUGUUGUGUGCUAUUGUGUGCUGUGGUGUGGCAGGUGGCGAGCUGAGUUUGGCUGACCUGACCCCCGAGGAGCAGCAGCAGUUUCGCUCGGCGCUGAAGCGGGGCGACCUCCACCAAUUCAUCGACCCGUAUGCGCCAUGGUGGAACCAGGUGAAUGAUUGGCUGGCCAACCCGCGAACGCCACAGCAUAUUCCCAAGGCUGACUGGCUGGCUGUGUGGAUGUGAUGCGAUCAGUGUGUGUUGGAUGAAAGCGGUCCCGUGCCGCCCCAUGUGUGCUGCGGUGCCAACCGGAAGGCCAGCGACCUCGUGGCGCACACGCUCAUAUCCAUCCUGUACGUAAACCGCUGCCACAGACAGACAGACAGGGAGGGAGGGAGGGAGGGAGCGUGGGUGCAUUAGUCAGCUUGCUAUCUAUCUGGCUGCCUCCAUCCAUCCAUCCAUCCAUCUCUCAGGUAUGGAUACGCCCACGUGAUGCGCCGGUGUGAGGGGCAGUGGGCCGAGAGCCCGACUGCAUGGGCGGCACAGCUGCUCGCAAUGGCCCUGGUGAGCUACACAACACAGUAUCGUGUAUCGAAGUACGUUUGUCGUGUGUGGCCGUGUGUAUGUGUGUAUGUGUGUGUGUGCAGUGGCUGAGCUCCUCCGAGCAGCCGCCCGCCAGCCUCGUUGCUUGCCUCGACCGCCUCAUCCAGACACCAACGGAGGCGCCAGUCCGUGUGGUGGAUCGUCAGUUCAACCUCAACUGCAUGGCCGACGUGGCUUCUUUAUUGGCGACAAGGGACAGGGCAGGCAGAGCCAUCAGGGUAGGCACAAGGAGGCACAAGGAGGCGCAAUGGCUGAGUUUCAUCGGCUGGGUGUUUCGGCGGUUUGGCUGUCUGUGUAGGAGUGUGCCGAGCUGAUUGAGAGCCUCACACCGAAGGGCACCAAAUCAAGUGAGUCUUUGGGGGAGGGGAAGCAUUGGCAGUUCGUCCGUUCCAUGAGCACAUGCCCCUCACCUGUAUGUCUAUCCCCUGCAGAGCGGUGGUUGUUCGGCGUUUCCAAGAAGCUUGACUUCGUGGCAUCCUUUGCACACCACCACUUCAACGUCGUCGAGAAACUUGUUCCCAAGGUCAAUAGGCAAGGCAGACACACAAAGCAAAGCAGUGACGGACGAUCAUUUCUCCAAUGUUGUCUGCUCCGCUCCGCUCCUUCCUGCAGCUUGAUGUCUGGUGCCAGGACCGGCAGCAGAGACUUGACAGUGAGCGUCAGGCGGCGGAGGCCAUCCCGCUGACCACACACACACUCACUGCCACACCUCCUCCGUCAUCUCUCACCCCCUCCACGCCACUCAUCAAGGGCCUCCCGGCCGAACCAGAUCGGCUCAGCCACAUCAAGUCGCCGGCCACGUUGACGGGCGAAGCUGAGAAGGGUGCUGCCGUCAGUGUGAGGGGCAUGCUGCGUUCGAAGGGACAGGACACGACUACUGAAGGAGAGAGGGGGAGGCGGGGAGUGCUGAUAGAGGAGGUGGGUGAAGGGGCAGGGGGCGGGGAGGAGCCGCCGGCUGAUCUCGAGACGCUGGACUGAUGGAUGGAUGGACGGAUGGACGGGUGGAUAUGUUGUGCUUGUAUGGGUGACUGGCACGUGCUCUCUGUGUGGAUAGCGGUC